UGUGCGCGUUUAUAAUUUUAACCCGUGUAAUUUAGUUCCGUGUUUAAACUAAAUGUAUGUUUAAGUACCGAAGUUAACCCCUAAGGCAGCGACAGGAAACCAACUUAAAGGUCAUACGUUUCUAAACCUGUUCUAACAAAGUGAUAAAGUUAGGGCAUAUAAGGUGGAACAAUCAGCGUUUGUAACAGGAACGAAAAGGAAAGUGGAUCAAAGCAACCAGGAUAAGUAGGUAACACCAAUAAAUAAGAAAAAGGAAAAAGUGUUGGAAGGAAAUUUGAUUUGCCAGUUUGAAAAGAAGGUCAAUGUAGAAAAAAAUCAGGUCUUAAAAGGAAAGUUACUGGAGCAGGAAUGUUCUCAUUUUUAUGGAAAAGAGGUGAACAGAAGGGGAAAAGAGGUGAACAGAAGGAGAAAAGAGGUGCACAGAAGGAUACAGAGCAGUACAGAAACGGAUAUCCAGAUAAAGAAGAUGACCCUGGACUUGAUGACAACUGUAGAUUCUACAUGAACCAAAUCCCCUCAAAACCUGAUGGUGACUAUAUAGAUCAGAUUCAAGUGAAUUGGUGGGGAGACUACAAACGUCUGGAUGUUCACGAUGGAUACAUACAGUGGCUUUUCCCAAUCCGUGAGUCUGGUACGAAUCGGCACGCCCAUGAACUACAGCUGCAUGAAAUAAAGAAAAUUCAGAGGAGUAAGAAGGCAAUGCAGAGGAUUUUGAAAUCUUACAAAAUGAUGCUGGAUUUCUAUGGAAUGGAGUUGGAGAAUGAAGAAGAUGGUACAAUUGUUAGGGGAGAUAACUGGAGGGACAGAUUUAGACAUCUCAACAGAUCAUUCAACAACUAUUUGAGGAUAACAAGAAUACUGAAAUGUCUAGGAGAAUUUGGAUAUGAACAUCUAAAGAAAAACUUUGUAAAGUUUAUAUUGUAUGAAGGACUUGUUGAGGGUACCUUACCUAAUGUCAUUGACAGCUGUGUUAAGUAUUGGAUUGGAGUUUUGAAAGAUGAUGAUGAAAGGGAAGAAAUAUUUGACUAUUAUGAAAAACUGUUGCAAGAUGAAAAUCUUCAGACAAAAAGGAGAAAUAGAUCACCUUCUCCUCCAAGUAGCUAUUGGUCAGACAAGAUUAAAGAUUCAAAAUCUGAUAAAAAGUCAUUAUCCAAAAAUGGAAAAAAUAAAAAAGCUGAUAGUAGGACAGACAAGAAAGAUGAAGUUAACAGAGAUAAUGAAAAUGAAUUUUCUGAUGAUGGCGAGGAUGGAACUCUAUAUUAUGCUAUGAGUUUAAUUGAUGAGGAUCUUCCAAAAGGAAAGUCAAGAAAGGAUCAUGAAAUGUCUGAUUCAGGGCCUGAAAAUGAUGACCAUCCAGAAGAAAGCCAAGAGAUGGCACAUUGGAAAGAAGAAGCAAAGAAAUCUAAGGACAGUCAAUUUGAAGGAGUCAGUGAGUGUGGUAACAGUAAAACUGGAAAAAUUGCAACUGGAAAAAAUAAUUCUGUUUAUGAAACUGAAGAAGAAGGUCACAAAAGAAAUAUGUAUUAUGCUAUGAGUUUAAUUGAUGAUGAUCUUCCAAAAGAAAAGUCAAGAAAGGAUCAUGAAAAGUCUGAUUCAGGGCCUGAAAAUUAUGACCACCCAGAAGAAAGCAAAGAGAUGGCACAUUGGAAAGAAGAAAUAAAGAAAUAUAAGAGCAGUCAAUUUGAAGGAGGCAGUGAGAGUGGUAACAGUAAAACUGGAAAAAUUGCUACUGGAAAAAUUAAGUCUGUUUAUGAAACUGAAGAAGAAGGUCCCACUAGAACUCUAUAUUAUGCUAUGAGUUUAAUUGAUGAGUAUCUUCAGAAAGAGAAGUCUAGAAAGGAUCAUGAUAUAUCUGAUUCAGGGUGCCACCCAGAAGAAAAUGAAAUGAUUGCGCUUUGGAAAGAAGAAGAAAAGCAAUCUAAGAGCAAAGAAUUAGAAGAAGGCAGUAAAUGUGGUGAAAGUGUACCUGGAAAAAAGGUUACUGGAAAAAGUAAUUCUGUUAAUGAAACUGAAGAGGAAGGUCCCAAUAGAAAUCUUUAUUAUGCUAUGAGUUUAAUUGAUGAGUAUCUUCAGAAAGGGAAAUCUAGAAAGGAUCAAGAUAUGUCUUAUUCAUGGUGCCAACCAAAAGAAAGUCAAGUGAUGGCACAUUGGAAAGAAGAAGCUAAGAAAUCUAAGAACAAUGGAUUAGAGGAUGGCAGUGAGUGUGUAGGCAAUGUACCUGGAAGAAUGGCUACUGGAAAAAUAAAUUCUGUUAAUGAAACUGAAGAAGAAGGUCCGAAUAGAAAUCUAUAUUAUGCUAAGAGAUUAAUUGAUGAGUAUCUUCAGAAAGAGAAGCCUAGAAAGGAUCAUGAAAUAUCUGAUUCAGUGCCUGAAAAUUAUGACCACCCAGAAGAAUGUGAAGUGAUGGCAUAUUGGAAAGAAAAAGCAAAGAAAUCUAAGAACAAUAAAUAUGAAGGAGGCCGUGAGUGUGAUGACAGUGUACCUGGAAAAAUGGCUACUUGAAAAAUUAAUUCUGUUAAUUCAACUGAAGAAGGCCCCAAAGACAUUGUUGAGAAAAAAUCAGGAGACAACUCAGAGUCUAAUGGCCAUUCUUUUACUAUAAUUGGAAAAAUAAAGGAAAGAGAGGAGGCAAAUCCAGUUGGCAGUGAAAAUGAAAACAACGGUAAUGACAAAAAAGAUGUUAUUGGUAAUUCAGAAGAUGAAAAGACUGAUCCUAAUAAAGAAAAACAUAUUGAAAAUAGUGCUUUAAAAGCUUCAGAUGAAAAUGAAAAUGUUGACCCUUUAAAGUCUUAUCUUGAAAAGAUGGAAACAACAGACACAGAAAAUAGUACUUAUUCUAAUAAAGAACUGUUUGCCAAAAGUAUUCAGAUAAACCUAGAAGAAAAAAUUAUAGAAUCUACAGAGAAUAAUAGCAACAAAAUUAGCAGUGAAGUUUAAAAUAAAGAAGAAGAAUUGAUGGAAACAGAAACAGAAAAUUAAAAAAAUAUAUAUUAAUAUAACAUGAUUGCAAUAGAUUUGAAGUGCACUGUGACAAUGGCAUGUUUAGUUUCAACCAUUUUCACAAUGCUGUUUUUCUGUAUUGAUAAGUUUGAUCAUUAUUGAAUCAUUGAGGAAAAAGGACAGUAUAGAAUGUAAUAGUAAUAACUAUUGCAUUUAAUUUGUAACUUCCUGAUUUAUGUAAUAGAUUUUGCCUUCUUUUAAUUUGAAAUUUUCCUUUGUGAUUCUAAGUUGUAUGGACUUUAAUAUGAAUAAUAAUAAAUUAAUACUAAUUUGCCAGGUUGAUAGAGAAACUUGACUUGAAAGAGGUGAAAGCUAAGUCUUACUUUAUACUGAUGGCAAAAGACAUAUAAAUGAACUUAAAAAUAAUAAAUUUAUGUAAAUUAUUAGACAAAUUUUGAUUGGUUACAAAUAAGGAUUGCUUCUCCAGUAUGUGUGGUACACAAAGUUAAGAUUAUGUUUUUUCCAAUUUACCUCUGAACAACAAAAAAUUCAUAAAUGUCUUUAAAACUGUAACUGUUGUUCCCUGUCCGUGACUGAAUAAUUAUAAGUGACUAACAUUAACUAAUUAAUAUAUUAUUAAAUAUUUGACUGUUUCAUUCCCUUUUGAGAGUUUAAAUUAAUGUCCAGGUCAGAUCUUUUGUUUUGUUUUUUGUUUUGGUUGAAAAAACUGUUUGCAUUUUGAUAACUUAGUAUCAAUCAAGAGAGUAUUUGGAUUCAUCAUUAGAUAAAAUUGUCCCAUUUUUGGAAGUUCAUUCAUGCUAAAGACAUUUACAGAAAUAUUUGUAUAGAUAGAUAAUUUGUUUAUUAUAGUGACAUGUGUUAUACAUACAAAAAGAACAUAGUUUCAAAAUAGAAUAAAUCAACACCCGGUCCAAUGGGCCUAUAAGUCACCUUAAAUAAUAGACUAAAUUAAGCACAUGUGAUCAACUGUUACGGCAUAAGAUGUCAGCUAAACACAUUAAGUACAUGUAUAUGAUUACAAAUUUAAAUAAUUAUGUACAGAUAUGACAUAUAUAUGUAUGUUGAUAAUUAAAAAGAAUGUCUGAAAUUUACGAAUAUAACUGAUUUUGUCUGGUCUGGAAUGCCUUGACAAUAAAUUUUGCCGUUUUACGAAUAUUGUCAUUCAGUAAUAUACGUAAUUUUUCUUCACUUGUUUUGUUUAAAAAGUUGUUGUUUGAAAAUAAAUUGCCAAAUAUUCCACUGCGUAGUUUGCUGUAUAAUGUACAAUGGAGUAAAAAGUGCGUUUCAUUUUCAAUUUCAUUUUCAUUACUAAUACACUGUGAACAUAUUCUAUCAUGUAAUGGUUCAUUUAUGUACCUCCCAGUUUCAAUUCGUAACGGAAAGAAUACAGCAACGCAAUUCAGCUAACGCCGAUCGUUCAUUUUUCGAUAAGUUCAAGAUUACAUAUUGUUCAGUUUUGAACCCUUGUUUGAAUAGUCUAUAUGUUCUUAGUUUUGGAUAUAAUUGUAACGAUGAUUGCCAUUUAACAGUGAAGUGAUCGUUGACUUUAUUUCUUGUCAAUUGUAUAUCAACAAUAGACUUAUUUGUGAAAUUGUCUCGUAAGCCAAGCGUAUCCAUAACAGUUUUUAUAUCACUGCUCCUGUUAUUUUGACACAGUCUAUAACUAAUAUAUGAAAUAUUUAUAACUAAUAU